AGGAGAUCGAUGGCUUCCAAAGCUCUGGUGUUUUUGUUGCUCCUCCUCCCUCUGGCUCUGUUUUCUGUCUUCUCAGGCAGUGCAGAAGCACAAGGCUUGACCGUUGGGUUCUACAACAACACCUGCCCCGACGCCGAAACGAUUGUGUACAAUGAGAUGAGCGGAAUCAUCAAGAAUGCACCGAGUCUGGCUGCGGCUCUGCUCAGGAUGCACUUCCAUGAUUGCUUCGUCAGGGGUUGCGAUGCUUCGAUUUUACUGAAUGGAAGUGAAGCCGAGAAGACUGCAUUUCCAAAUCUCUCCGUCAGAGGAUUCGGCGUCAUUGACAGGGUUAAAGCUAAGCUCGAGCAAGCUUGUCCGGCGACUGUUUCCUGUGCAGAUAUCCUGGCACUGGCGGCGAGGGAUGCCGUCACCUUGACGAAUGGCCCUUCUUGGGCAGUACCGACAGGGAGAAGAGAUGGCAGAGUGUCAAUUCGCGAUGAUACCAACCAAUUGCCACCGCCCAAUGUGCCGAGCAUUUCGGACCUUACACAUACCUUUGCAUGCAAGGGACUCAGCGCGAAGGACCUUGUAGUUUUAUCAGGUGCUCACACGCUCGGAAUCUCGCAUUGCUCGUCGUUUUCGCACCGACUCCAGUCUGAUGACAGUCUAGACCCUGCAUAUGCUGCCAAGUUGAGAGCGAAGUGCAAGAGUGAUACGACCUUGGUGGAGAUGGAUCCUGGAAGCCGCUCCACCUUCGACACGAGUUACUUCGAGCUGGUGUCCAAGAGAAGAGGGCUGUUCGCUUCGGAUGCUGUGCUGCUGCAGGAUCCGCAGACAAGAGCCUACGUCCGAGGCUAUGCGAGUGGAUGCUCUUCAGAGUUCUUCAAGGAUUUCGGCGAAUCGAUGGUGAAGAUGAGUAGCAUUGGGGUGCUCACCGGCACGGAGGGAGAGAUUAGGAAGCUCUGCUCUGCUAGGAACUGAUCGAGCGGGAUCUCCGACCCUUUCGCCAUUAGCGUUCUUAGUUUUCAGCUUGCUUGCUCUUAUCAGUUUUUUAGUAUUGUUAUUGUAAAAACUUA